AUGGAGUCACUCAAAUCUACCUUAACGCAGCUCCUCCUACUAGUUCCAUCGGAGGUAUUUCAACCAGGAGAAAAUGAACGAUUGAACAGACUUACACGGGCCGUUUUGGAGGCACGAUAUGUUAACAUUCUCGAGAUUAGCGAUUAUAAAGAAGUUGCUAGUCUUCCGGAAGUUCACCACAUCCUUCAGCAAUAUGGUGACGUGCCAUUGAUCGAUGUUCUUAGAGAUUUUGCAAAUACAAUAAUUGAUGCAAGCAAGACCCUUCUUGGUGAAGAAGGGUUAAUCGAUGCACAUAUUUAUGCCAUCACGUUUUUACAACUCUUUAUACAAUCAAACUUUACCGGACCACCAAUAACAAUGAGUGCUCAUUCCUUACUUUUCCCUACUGUGAAUGAGCAACAGCUACAAUUGGAUGCAGUCAAGGCACUCAACGUGGAGGGACAAGCCGCGUAUGAUUUAAUGCAGGAUCCAGUUUAUUUGAUCCUUGCUGAAUUGAUGUUUGAAAGGCUAACUGACACACCAAUUGAAGCUUCGCUUUUUUGUGGGCAUGCGUCGGCUCAAAAAGCUCUUGAUCAUGCAGAAAGCUUGCGUCUGCGGAUUGAUAGCCCUCUUGGAGCCUCAAUUGUAUGGUGGAAAUCAAGGGCAUUACAAGUACAUCUGUCCAUUUUUUCUGAGCCCCUGGGGAUCAUACUGUCUGUUUGCGGAGUGUUUUUGGAAACCAAUUUGUUGAAGCAUAUUGUACCUUUGCUGGACUCACCUAAUGGAAUUCAAAUGUUGACCCAAGCGCAAUUUGUUCUUGAACAGGCAAGAGUUUACAUACAUGCUCAAACUGAGCAUGCUUCAGUAGCCCCUUUGAAUAAAGCUAUAAAAAUAACCGGGUUGCAAUUGCUUCUCUCUGGUGCAAAAGCAAAAAGAACCAAGUUUCAAAAAUUUCAUACAUCAAACUUGAUAGUCUUGGCUAAGAGUAGACAAAAGACCUUGUACGAUGUGAUUGAUGGCAAUCAUAAUUUGGAAAAUUACAAUCUUGAUUCAGAUCUAUUACUCGAGAAACCGCAAUAUGAAUCUUUGGAGAAUUUGGAUUUGGAAGCAGAGAAUGAAGCAAAAAGAAUUAAGUUGGACCCCAAACUUGUUGUUGAUGAGCUUGCUGAGAAUAGGUUGCUCCCAUUGGCUAUGACUGUGGAAGAUAUACCCUCAGAUUUAAAAGCUCUUGAUCCAAAUAAACAGCCAGCAUUGAGUGAUGUUGACAUUCUUCAAAUGCUAUUGAGGUUGACGGUUAUUAAACAAACUACACCUGCCAAUGAUUCUUUGGUUGAAGACGAAUUGUUGGCAUUGGUUGCAAGAAUAAUCUACUCUGAUUCAAAAGAAGGGAAUUGGCUCUUAUACUCGAGGGCACUAUGGGAAAGGUCUCUUUUGGAAACAGGCAAAUCUAGAACCAUAGAAAGGGGUAUUUUGCAAAUGACAUCUUUGAUAGAAGAGAUUGGACUCAAGAUUACUACUCGUCUUUUACCUCAAUCGGAAGACAGUGAUCCAAAUUUAGUUGCCUCAGUGAGGUUGAGAUUUAUUCACCAGUUGCCAUUGUUACCACAAUGGGCGUUGGAUGCCAAACUUGCAGAAAAAUACAUGUCUCUAGGGGUUAUAAAAUCAGCCCUUGAAAUUUAUGAGAGACUUCAAUUGCAAGUUGAAGCUUCAUUGUGCUAUGCCGCUAUUGGCCGUGAACAGGAAGCAGAAAAGAUUCUCAUUAAUAGAAUCAAAGAGCAUCCAGAAGAUGCAAGAGCGAUAUCCAUUUUGGGUGAUCUUAAACAGAGUCCACAAUUGUGGGAAAAGGCAUGGCAAGUGGGCCACUAUGCAAAAGCAAAAGCAUCUUUAUCCAAGUACUACUAUGCGCCACCGGCGGAAUCUGGUCUUUCCAAAAAUUUGGAGUUGGCAAUUUCGCACAUGUAUGAUUGCUUACAUGUUAACCCAUUAAGUUAUGAGAAUUGGUUCUUUUAUGGUUGUUGCGGAUUAGAAUCUGGUCAAUUUGAACUUGCUUCUGAAGCAUUUACAAGAUGUGUAUCGUUAGAUGACAGCAAUUCUUAUGCGUGGUCCAACUUAGCCUCGGCACUUUUGAAACUCGAUAAGAUAAAGCCUGCAUUUAAUGCAUUGCAGAAGGCAGUUCGAAGCAGUGGUGAUAGAAAAUCUUGGAAAGUUUAUGAAAAUUAUAUGAAUGUUGCGAUGCAGCUCAACGAGUGGAAUGACGUGUUGAUAGCAUAUCGUGAACUUCUUUCUAUUAGAAAAGACGAAGGUGAUAGUGUGAUUGAUAUACCAGUGUUGGAAAAACUCAGUGAGAUUCUUAUUUCAUCUGAUUUCCCACAAGAAGGUAAUGGUUUGAGCCAUUUCCAAAGAUCGUGUAUGCAGCUUAUUUGCGAUACAUUACCAACUUUGAUUACUUCCUCUGCACGCUGCUGGAGGAUUAUCGCUCGGGUUGAGCUUUGGAGGAAACGUCCAUGGGCUGCAUUAGAGUGUCAUGAAAAGGCGUAUCGAGCAUUGCUUCACAAUCCAGAUUUAGAAGUGAACGAAGAAGUUUGGAAUGAGGUAGUUGAUGCAUGUGCAGAUUUGGUAGGAGCUUUUGAGUCAUUAGGUGAUUUGCCAGGAAAACACGGUGCAGGCGACUUGGUUUGUAAAGAUUGGAAGUUCAAAGCCAGAACGACAGUGAGAUCUUUAUUGUCAAAAGGUAAAGAUAUUUGGGAAGAUACUCAAGGAUGGGAGACUUUGCUCAGUUUGAAAGAAGAGUUAAGAAAUUAG